AUGCGCAUCGCCACGCUGACCUGCCUUCCCGGCCCUUCCCCCUUCCUCUUUCUAUUGGCCCAGCUCCUACUGCGGCUCCUCCUCCCUGGGCCGGAGUUGGUGGGAGCCGCUUCCUCCUGCCCCUCCCUCUGCACCUGCUCCAACCAGGCCAGCCGAGUCAUCUGCACCAGGCAGAACCUGGAGGAGGUGCCCGAAAGCAUAUCAGUCAACACACGAUACCUCAACCUGCAGGAGAACUCCAUACAGGUUAUCAAGUCUGACACUUUCAAGCACUUGAGACACCUUGAGAUCCUCCAGCUAUCCAAGAAUCAGAUCCGUCAGAUUGAAGUCGGAGCAUUCAAUGGCCUCCCCAACCUCAACACAUUGGAGCUCUUCGACAACCGCCUCACACUGGUGCCAUCACAUGCCUUUGAGUACCUCAGCAAGCUACGGGAGCUGUGGCUGCGCAACAACCCCAUUGAGACUCUGCCAGGCUAUGCCUUCCACCGUGUGCCCUCGCUACGUCGCCUGGACCUGGGUGAGCUCAAGAAGUUGGAUUUCAUCUCUGACGCAGCCUUUGUGGGCCUCAUCAAUCUACGCUACUUGAACCUGGGCAUGUGUGGGCUGAAGGACAUUCCCAAACUGACAGCGCUUGUGCGUUUGGAGGAGCUGGAGCUGUCAGGAAACCGACUGGAGAUCAUCCGACCUGGGUCCUUCCAGGGCCUGGUGUCCCUACGCAAGCUGUGGCUAAUGCACUCACAGGUGUCCGUCAUUGAGCGCAACGCCUUUGAUGACCUGAAAAGCCUGGAAGAGCUCAACCUGUCCCAUAACUCCCUGCACUCCUUGCCCCAUGACCUCUUCACGCCUCUUCACCAGCUGGAGAGAGUACACCUCAACCACAACCCCUGGAUUUGCAACUGUGAUGUGCUUUGGUUAAGUUGGUGGUUGAAAGAGACGGUGCCCAGCAACACCACCUGCUGUGCCCGCUGCCACGCUCCCCCAGUCUUAAAGGGCAAGUACAUUGGAGAGCUUGACCAGAGUCACUUCACCUGCUUUGCACCGGUCAUUGUGGAACCACCUACAGACCUCAAUGUCACCGAGGGUAUGGCUGCUGAGCUCAAGUGUCGCACAAGCACCUCCACAACAUCUGUCAACUGGAUCACCCCGAAUGGCACGCUAAUGACCCAUGGCUCCUACCGGGUGCGGAUAUCCGUCCUGCAUGAUGGCACUCUCAACUUCACAAAUGUCACCCUGCGUGAUACGGGCCAGUACACCUGCAUGGUUACCAAUGCUGCUGGCAAUACCACGGCAACUGCUGUCCUCAAUGUCACCGCCGCUGAUGCCAGUGUCAACUACACCUACUUUACAACAGUCACAGUGGAAACAGUCGAGACCCCGGGAGAUAAAGAGUCUGCAUUGGUAGCCAUCAAUGAGACAUUCAUACGUGUUUACCCUGGCCCCACGCCCUCGGGCCACGUGUGGCCAGAAGGUGUUCCUACCACUGCCUCCUCUCUGUCAGCAGGCUGGUCCUCCUCCUCUCCUCGGGCCACCCGACCAACGUUCACUGUGCCCAUCACUGAGCCAGGCUUCUCAGGCUUGGAUGAUGUGAUGAAGACCACCAAGAUCAUCAUUGGCUGCUUCGUAGCCAUUACCUUCAUGGCAGCGGUGAUGCUUGUGGUGUUCUACAAGCUGAGGAAACAACACCAGCUACAUAAACACCACGGCCCUGCUCGUGCUAUCGAGAUCAUCAAUGUGGAGGAUGAGCUGGGGGCUGGGGCCAGUGGUCGGGGAAGCGGCAUCUCAGGAGGCUCCACGGUGACGCAGAGCGGAAGCAGUGGAAUAGGAGGGGGCCAGAGCCUCAGGCUGCACCACCCAGAGAUAGUAAACCUGCCGAACCUGGCCCGAUCAGAGCACCUCAACCACUACUACAAAACCCAUCACUUCAACAACAACAUGAUGGGCCUGGGCAUGGGCACAGGCACUGGUGUGGGUCUCAACAACAACAACAACCCCUUGUCUUGCUCUCAGUCUCAGAACACAUCUAUAUCCUGUUCCCAGGUGACGACCAGUGGAGGAACACCCACAGGUGGCACCCUGCCCUCCCCUGUGCCCCUGCCCCAGUUGGGUCUCCACAGUUCUCUGAAAGGCCUUAUGGGGAAAAGCCAGAAUGAGCCCCUGCUUUUUAAGAGCGGCUCCAAGGAAAAUGUGCAAGAGACUCAAAUUUGA